CCGGCAUCUCCGCGGCCCAGGGACAGAGCUGCAAACCCACCCCCCAGUCCUGCGCUGUCCCAGGCUAGGUGGAUCUGUCGUGGCUCCGACACCAGCCCCCGCUCUCUCCAGAACCAUGGACGUUCGUCUUGUUUUGUGUCUCCUCUGGGCUCUCCUAGCUACGGCCAACGCACGUCCUUCCAGCUGUUACCAGAGCGUCCCCGGGAAAAGCAGCGCAGAGAAGGUCUGUAGCAGUGCGGCAGAUUCUUGCAUCGCUGUUCAGGAAGUGAACUCUAUUGGGGGUGUGGUGCAGAGGGGCGUCUUCCAGUCGUGCACCAGUAGCCUGCAAAGCCUGGAGGGAGACUUGGACUUUGAAUUUGGGAGCGACGUCUACGUGAGGGUCCACUCCAAGAUCUGCAGAGAGACCAACUGCAACACGGGGGAGAUAAAGGAACGCCCCAAAAUCAGCAUCGUGCCCAACGGAGGACAGUGCCCGUCAUGCUUUGCCCCAGGAUUCCACCACUGCCUCCACAAUGUCAGCCUGUACUGCAAGGGGGCCGCCAGCCAGUGCGUCGACGUUGUUGGGACACUGUCAGAAAACAACGUCGAAAUCCCUUUCGCAGCCAGAGGAUGCGCCACCGAGGAUGUGGCCCAGAUCAAAGCUGGAGGCAUCCUGAUCUAUCGAAUCAAGACUAUCCAGUUAAGCCCGGCCAUCAGAACAGAGACCGUGGACGGCUUCUGACACCCUGCCUGCUCCAUCCCACUGGCGCACCCCCACUUUGAGUUAUUCCCUGCCCCCCAUCCCCAGCUGUGACUCAGUCCCCCACAUCCCAGGCACGAAAUAACGGUGCCAAGCCACCUUCGCAAAGCGCUUUGAGAACCAUCGGUGCAGGGCCAAAGCCAGAGACCCAUUAUGGGCUUUGCACUGAGCGUGACGGGCUUAAAAACAGACCUGAGUAUUAGAGACCCAUUAGCAGCUUCUUCCAGGACAGUGAUCUGAGGCGCAGAACCCAGGAGUCCUGGCUCCCAGCCCCAUUGCUCUAACCACGAGACCCCACUCCCCUCCCAGAUCCAAGAACAGAACCCAGGCAUCCUGCCAUCCCUCCACCCUAUGUUCUCACCUUUCGUA